AGAGCCGACUGAGAUAAUGUUUUCUUUCGAGAAGAAAGUAUAAUCGUACUUCCUAAGUAAACAAAAAAAAAAAGAAUAAGCGAUAAUUGAACUUGGGGUAAUCAAGGAAAAAUUUGGGAAUGCAUCACAGUACUGUUUUGCUAUCAGCCGUGCAUGCACACUUGCCUCUCAAGUUGAAAUAACUCUUAGCUUUUUACUUUAGUUUUCGAAAAAUUUUCGAAUAAGACAGUGAAAAUUGAUUUGCGCAUUAGAGAAAGAUGGACGCGACCACAAGACCAUCUGAAUCGACGAAUAUUAAAAUAAGCACAACGGUUAACGAUACGGCUACUUUAGUUUGGCAGGAUUUGACCAUCAGCAGCCAAACGCAGAACAGUGGAACUACAAUUGUGCACAAUGUGAGCGGGUCACUGCUUCCGGGAAGUUUAGUGGCACUAAUGGGGCCCAGUGGAGCUGGAAAAAGUACUCUGAUGGCAGCAUUGGCACAUCGAAGUUCAGCUGAUAUCACAACGAUAGGCGAAAUACGACUAAACGGAAUACGAACCGGUUCAUUCAUGUACAACAUAAGUGGUUUCAUCUACCAGGAUGAACUGUUCUGCGGAGCGCUAACCGUCGGUGAACACAUGCAUUUAAUGGCCAGUCUGAAAUUGGGACCCACCCUGCCAACUUUCAACAAAAACCGUCUCAUCAACGACCUGCUAACACAAACUAAUUUGCUAGAGUGCUACCACACACAAAUUGGAGGAGACGGUGAACGAAAAACCAUUUCCGGUGGCGAGAAGAAACGCCUCGCAUUCGCAGUGGAGCUUCUCUCCAGACCGAAGAUACUGUUUUGUGAUGAACCUACCACAGGACUAGACUCGUACAGUGCCGGUCAGGUAGUGCAAAUGAUGCGGGGCUUGACACGAUCCGGAACUUCGGUCUUGUGCACCAUUCACCAACCGUCGGACGAGUUGUUCUACAUGUUUGAUAACGUGCUGCUGCUCACUAACGGAAGAACAGCAUUUAUGGGUAAACCUCACGAAGCAAUUGGGUUUUUCGAUUUGUUAAACAUAAAAAGGCCCUUCAACUGCGCAACGGCCGAGUUUCUAAUUGAUUGCCUUUCGACGCGCAGGAACAUAUCAGAUCGGAUCAAGCCUGAUGAAAUAUGUGACCAAUACGAAAAGAGUGAUAUCUACUAUAAACAGAAGUUGAUCAUAAGCUCAAAAACUGUGCUGUCGAAUUAUGCUAAUAUAAACGCUUUGGGACAAAAUGAGUUGAUCCUGAAGCGAAACUGGUUCUAUACAUUGAACUGUUUAAUCAAACGAAACUUUCUUCACGCUCAUCGCAAUCCUCAGUUACAGUACAUGAAACUGGCACAACGAAUCGUCAUCGCAGUUUUAGUUGGGCUCUGUUUUUCUGACACAAUCGACCUCAGUCAAGUUGGAGCUCAAGCCGUACAGGGAAUAAUUUUCCUAAUUGUUUCGGAGAAUACCUUCUUACCAAUGUAUGCCGUUUUGUCAGUAUUUCCGGACUCGUUUCCAUUAUUCCUACGUGAACGUAAAGCCAACUUGUAUGGAACGGGCCAAUUCUAUAUUGCCCAGAUUAUAGCAAUGAUGCCGUUUGUUCUGCUGGAGUCUACAUUGUUCAUACUGAUAGUGUACUUCUUGGCACAUCUUCGACCAACCAUGCUAGGAUUGAUGUGCACUGUUUCAGUUUCUGUUCUGGUGAUGAACGUCUCUAUGGCGUGUGGAUGUUUCUUCUCUACUAUGUUUUCCUCAGUUCCGAUGGCUAUGUCGUACCUAGUACCAUUUGAUUACGUUCUCAUGAUAACUUCCGGAAUAUUCAUUCGAAUAUGGACGAUAUCGAAGGCUCUCCGUUGGCUGCCGUUUAUAUCGUGGAUGAUGUUUGCAAGUGAAGCCAUCUCAAUCGCUCAAUGGGAUGGAAUAGAAUAUUUGGAUUGUGAGGACAUUCCGGAUAAGGCUUGUCUACACGACGGAGACGACGUCCUGCAACAAUACUCUUUCGGUAGCAGUCAUUUGGCCUUGGACUUUAUCGCUCUCAUAGCUCAGUAUUUUCUUUAUCACGGCUUAGCGCUGUUAUUUUUGCAAAGGCGAGCAUCAAAAAGUUGAUUAGAAUAAAUGUAAAAUAAAAUAAUUUUUGCCGUUCACGUACAGCAAAGUUUUCCUCAUUCCUCAUGGAAUGUACU